AAUCCCGUUCAAACGAAAACACCAAGGAGACACCUUAAUACGACGGUCCCGCACGGUCUCGCGUGGCGUGUGCUGCGCACUUGUUUAAAAAAUGGCGGCAAGCUUUAGGAGUGAAGAAAAAUCGUUUUGAAUAUUUUUUGCUUUAAAUAACUAUAAUUGAAAAUUUCGAGGGUGUUAUGGAUCAACAGCAUCGAAAGGUUUUUGCCUGGCUUGAGCGGUUGUUUCUUGAUGAACCAAUGCCUGCGUUUGAGAUGAAUUCUAAAACAAUCGAUAUUCUUGCGAGCUUGGUUGACAUUAACACAAGGAAAGAUGAAGACAUGAAAAUAUUGUUGGAAGAUCUGGCUGAGAAGAAAGAGGAAUACAGGAGUGAAGCAAAUAGAAUUCAACAAAUCUUGUCUCGUAUUGGUGUACCUCUGAAUAAUCUAUCUCAAUCUGGUCUGACAAGUGUAAAGAUUCUUAGAGAUAUUGCUGUGGUACUGGAACUGAAAGAUAUUCAGCAUUCCAGCUAUGUUCUUGCUAUCAAUAAACUAUUGAAAGAUAUUCAUGAUGUUAAAAUUGGCAAAAUCAAAUCCCAGCAUUAUUUAAAGAAACAAUUAAGAAAAACAAAUAAAGUUUUGAUUGAGUACAAUAAACUUCAAAGGGCAUUUCAAGCACUGGAAGAUCAGAUAUCAUUACAACAACCAUUAUUAAAACAACGACUAAAAGAGACAGGAUUUUUGAAUCAGAAAUCUGUAGAAUAUCAAAAACAACUGGAUCAAUUACAGGAAUAUCAAAGGCAUGCAAAGCUGGAACCUCAAUUUUGUCAUAAAGCAUUAGAGAAGUUUUAUGAGGAUAUUGUCAUUUUGGAAGAGGAAUUGAAACCAUUGAAGUCAAAAAUUGAUGCCUACCACAGUCUACCUCCGGACAUUUCUCUUGCUAAAGUAAAACUUGAAGAAGCACGAAGAGAACUGGAAAGUUUAGAGAAUCAGUUGACAAGAAAUAUUGAAUCUAUGCACAGUAUGUAGUUUUUUCUCCAAUAUACAGUACUACAGAUAAUG